AUGAUAAACGACCCUGAGAGGCCAGUGCCGGUCUGGGUCACCGGGCAUUCCCUUGGUGGAGCAUAUGCUACACAUUGUUGGCAAGGCCUGCUGGCAACCUUUCGGCUCAAUACCUAUGAUGAGAAUAGGGUUAUUCGUGAUCUCUUCACGUUUGGAAGUCCUAGAGUCGGCGAUAAGACGUACGCAAGCUAUCCUAACGAUAUCAAGACUUCCCAGCGUUCAUGGCGCUUUGUCAACGGGAGUGACUUUGUCGCGACACUCCCAUAUUCAUUUUUUGGCUAUCAACAUGUUGAUAGGCAAGUGGUUAUAUCGCCCGAAAAGAUCGAAUUGAGUGACAACGAGCUCGUCCCCCCGGAAGGAUUCAUGAAGGACACAUACGUGGGCCACCUUCUUGGUUUCCCGCAACAUGGCCUGGAUUCCUACUGGGAAUCAUUGACACGGGGUGGGAAGAGCCUGAAGGCAGGCAGUUGGCCGGAGAGCCAAAGGGACGUGACUCCGCCACCUUAUUCCAACCUUGUCACCUGGUCUCUCGGCGUAUAUCACCCGCGAGAAUUUGUUCCCUCGGAGAGCCACGCGGACUCUAAGCCAGCUGAAGAGUCAGUGCUGCAGGGAAAUGACAGGCGUAUUCCAGUUGAUCCGUACGAUUACGAAGAAAAUGGCAAAUGGCGCUCCGUCGUUAAAGUCCAGAGCAUGUUUCGACCUCGAAACCGCCCAGAUCCAAUUUGGACUAUGGGUACCGGGUGGCUGAUUCGAGAAGAUCUGGUGGUGACAGCAAGCCACAAUGUCUACAGCAAGUCUUACGGCGGGCAGGCUGAGCGGAUCAAAUGCUGGAUCGGCUACAGAGGCCGAAAAUAUGCUUCCGACCCAGGGGUCCAACACCGAAAAGCCUUGAAUAUUGUCACCACAAACUCCUGGUAUAGCAUGAGCUCUGAACGUCAACGUGAUGUGGCCUUGAUCCAGGUUUCAGCGCCAUUUGAGGGAGGGGUGAACCCGUUCAUAUUCAUGGACACGGAUACGAAACUAGUGGACCAGUAUCUGACAGUGGUGGGAUACCCCGGCGACAAGAAAAUCCAGGACGAGAAUGGGAACGAGGACCCCGGCGCCGAGAUGUGGUUUCACUCUGAACGGAUCACAUUCGACCUUGAAAGAGACGCGGGCAUGAUUAUGUACGAUAUUGACACAUUUGGCGGACAAUCUGGGGCGCCUAUCCCGCAAGGAGGAUGGGUUGCGAGGUAUUGGAACACAUUGCUAUGGCGCCGGCGGCUCAAGCUAUCUGAACUCUGGCAAUGCCAUUGGAGGAACCUAUGGCAAUGA